ACUGGCAAAAGCAGUGAGAAAAUAGUAGAGAGUGGACGUGCAAAGCAGAAGCAAGAGAAAAAAAGCAAGUUUUUGAACAUAGAAAAGUAUUAAUUCAAAAAGUGCAGAACCAAAAAAACAAAAAAAAAAACACCUAAGAAAGUAAUUACGUUUUUAUUGUGCGAUACAAGAAAAUAAGCCAAUAUGCAAAUUUUCGUGAAGACUUUGACUGGCAAGACCAUCACUUUGGAGGUUGAGCCUUCCGAUACCAUCGAGAAUGUGAAGGCCAAGAUCCAGGACAAGGAGGGAAUUCCCCCAGAUCAGCAGCGUUUGAUUUUCGCCGGAAAGCAGCUGGAGGACGGACGUACUUUGUCCGAUUAUAACAUCCAGAAGGAAUCGACCCUUCACUUGGUCCUGCGUCUUCGUGGAGGCAUGCAGAUCUUCGUGAAGACUCUGACUGGCAAGACCAUCACCUUGGAGGUUGAGCCUUCCGAUACCAUUGAGAAUGUGAAGGCCAAGAUCCAGGACAAGGAAGGAAUCCCCCCAGAUCAGCAGCGUUUGAUCUUCGCCGGAAAGCAGCUGGAGGACGGACGUACUUUGUCCGAUUAUAACAUCCAGAAGGAGUCCACUUUGCAUUUGGUGCUCCGUCUGCGUGGAGGCAUGCAGAUCUUUGUCAAGACCCUCACAGGCAAGACCAUCACUUUGGAGGUCGAGCCUUCCGAUACCAUCGAGAACGUGAAGGCCAAGAUCCAGGACAAGGAGGGAAUCCCCCCAGAUCAGCAGCGUUUGAUCUUCGCCGGAAAGCAGCUGGAAGAUGGACGCACCUUGUCCGACUACAACAUCCAGAAGGAGUCCACUUUGCAUUUGGUGCUCCGUCUCCGUGGAGGCAUGCAGAUCUUCGUUAAGACAUUGACCGGCAAGACCAUCACUUUGGAGGUUGAGCCUUCCGAUACCAUCGAGAAUGUGAAGGCCAAGAUCCAGGACAAGGAAGGAAUCCCCCCAGACCAGCAGCGUUUGAUUUUCGCCGGAAAGCAACUGGAGGACGGACGCACCCUGUCUGACUACAACAUCCAGAAGGAAUCUACCCUUCACUUGGUCCUGCGUCUGCGUGGUGGCAUGCAGAUUUUCGUGAAGACUCUCACUGGCAAAACCAUUACCCUAGAAGUCGAGCCAUCCGACACUAUUGAAAACGUUAAGGCCAAAAUCCAGGACAAGGAGGGCAUUCCCCCAGACCAGCAGCGUUUGAUUUUUGCCGGAAAGCAGUUGGAAGAUGGACGAACCCUGUCCGAUUAUAACAUCCAGAAGGAGUCCACUCUCCACUUGGUGCUCCGUCUCCGUGGAGGCAUGCAGAUCUUCGUUAAGACUUUGACCGGCAAGACCAUCACUUUGGAGGUUGAGCCUUCCGAUACCAUCGAGAAUGUGAAGGCCAAGAUCCAGGACAAGGAGGGAAUUCCCCCAGAUCAGCAGCGUUUGAUUUUCGCCGGAAAGCAGCUGGAGGACGGACGUACUUUGUCCGAUUAUAACAUCCAGAAGGAGUCCACUUUGCAUUUGGUGCUCCGUCUCCGUGGAGGCAUGCAGAUCUUCGUUAAGACUUUGACCGGCAAGACCAUCACUUUGGAGGUUGAGCCUUCCGAUACCAUCGAGAACGUGAAGGCCAAGAUCCAGGACAAGGAGGGAAUCCCCCCAGAUCAGCAGCGUUUGAUUUUCGCCGGAAAGCAGCUGGAGGAUGGACGCACUCUGUCCGACUACAACAUCCAAAAGGAGUCCACUUUGCAUUUGGUUCUGCGUCUGCGUGGAGGCAUGCAGAUCUUUGUCAAGACUCUCACAGGCAAGACCAUCACUUUGGAGGUCGAGCCUUCCGAUACCAUCGAGAAUGUGAAGGCCAAGAUCCAGGACAAGGAAGGAAUCCCCCCAGAUCAGCAGCGUUUGAUCUUCGCCGGAAAGCAGCUGGAGGAUGGACGCACUCUGUCCGACUACAACAUCCAGAAGGAGUCCACUUUGCAUUUGGUCCUGCGUCUGCGUGGUGGCGCUCUCUAGAUUUUCUCAGCACAAUUGUAAUCUCAUAAAAUUGAUCUUGCCAAGGCGUAAGACAAGUAUUCAUUAUAAAUUUUAGUUAAUUGGCUUCAAUGAUAAGCAACAAGUCUAAUCACAACAAAUAUUGGUAUUACAAAAAUAAAUUUUCAAUUUGUGUGUUCAAAAAUAA